CAAAAGAAAAGAGAAGAAAAAUGGCAAAAAGAUCAAAUUCGGCCAAAUUUUGACCAAAAAUUUGAAUUUCAAAUUUGAAAUUCAGAAAAAGUUGUCCAACAUGUGGAAUACAAGUAUGGGAUUAUUUGGAAGCAAGGAAUCGAAAUUUGGAGCUGAGUUGGUGCUAAAUAUCUCAAAAGAAUCAGAGAAAGAAGAAGAAAAGGGAAAUCCCGUUUACUGUUCCUCGUCCGACAAUAGGUUCAGAGAAAGCAGUUCCAGAGUCUGUUUUCAAAAUUCAAUUCUGAAGAAUUUUCCAACCAAGUGUACUAGAACAACUAUACCAUGUUGAAAUAUAAACUUUGGACUGCAAUAAUCAUGUGUUGUUGGCCAGGAAUAGUAAAAGGAAGGAAGUCAACCUCGAGCUCAAAGUCAGCACAAGAUCACAAAUGACUGAAACUCUGAAACUUUUGCUAAGUCUGAAUGACAGUGUGGUCUCAACUUUGGGAUUGAACUCAGAGCCAUUUAAAUCAAAAGAGGUACUUGUUCUUGUGCAAAAUGGAAACUUGGGAGAUCAUAGUACACCUUUGAGAAGAAAUUGGACUGGAAAAACAAGACUUAAGUCCUUAAAUUGGUUCCCAAUUUAAAGUCCAUAUCACUGUCGAACUGACGAACAGCAAGUGCAAUUCAAUCGACAUUCAGAGCUAACCCGAGCUAAACUUCAAAAAUUCAGUGAAUUCGAUCUUUAUCUCAAGUUGACGCCAAAAUAAAAGAUGAAGGUCUUGAGUUUAUCUUCAAGUUCUGUUAAAACACGAGAGGCCAUCGGAUCAAGGAUCAACCGUGGAGAAGCUCUGAAGGUCACGGGCGGUGACUGAGCACCGAGACGUGGCGCCGCCGCCGUCGUCGGUCAUCCGCCAGCGCAGCUAAGCUAAGCCACCUCCUCGCCACAUACACCUACGGCUAGACCACGGUGUCACCCAUGCGCGCGGUGAAACCCUUGAAUAUCUACUGCUCCCGCGCCGCCGUUUCACUGCCUCUCUUUUUACCGCCGCCCGUGCCUCUUCUGUCAACCACCGCCGCCAAGCAAAAUUCGACCACCUCCGAACAGCUCUCAUCGAUUCCUUCCGUCCGCACCUCCGCCUACAUCCCACCAAUAACCCCAGCAACUUGUUGCUCAGCUUCCUCACCGCAACACCUUGUAUCGCCGCCGCUUCUGUCCGCCGCCGCCGCACCGCCCGCUCUCGAUCCAGAAGCGCCGGAAGAAGAUUACUGGGAAUUUUCAGAAGGACCUUUGGAGUCCGAGGAGGUGUUUGAAUUUGUCCCCUGUGAAGUGAAUCCGUCGGCGUCUGCUAAUCUUUUUAACGAUCAAGAAGCUACCCAAGAAGCUGUCGAGGAGGAGACCCCGAAGACCUAGAGUAUUGACCUGAG